GUUACACACUAGUAAGACGCCAUAUUAUCCAGAGAAACGUUUUCGCGGCAACUUGAAAAUGGAGUUUUUGAUUUGGUUAUUUUUACUGAAAUACACGACAGAAUGGUGAAUAUCCACUUUUUACGGACUCCAUAAACAUUAGUCAAUAACGUGAAAUCGUUGCCUAAAACUUGUCAAAUACCCUAUGGAUGAUUUUAGAAGGUUGGCUAUGAUUUAACAAGAUGGCGUUGCCAUCAAUAUGAGGCGCUUAUCCAAAUUUUUAAAGGUAUCGGUACUUGCCAAAAAGUACUCAUUUAGUAAAAGUAUCGAGUACAAAAGUAUCGGUAUCGAAAGGAAAAGUACUCGAUACCACAAAGUAUCGAUACUUUUUUCGUGUCCCUAGACACAAUUCGAAAACGUAUAGUUUGAUCGAAUCGAAUCGACGAAGACGAUCGUUCGUUUCGUAUUGAAAAAACUCAUAUUAGGGGUACUGACUCCUGCCAGAUUUGGUGUCAAUGUCAAUUUGACGUUUUACAAUUCGUUUCCUAUUUUGUUUUUUGUAUUGUUGUUUAUAAAAAUUUAUGUUUUUUUUUACUCCCAAAAAUCUUAAUUACAAACAAAAAGAUGAGCCGAACAAGCAAUAAUCAAUUUGAAAUCAUGGUUGUUUUCAUGGAAAGGAAUGGUGACUUAAUGGGGCCAGCUGAUGGCCCCCAUAGCAGAGUUGCGGUGGCCAAUAAGUGGAUGGAGCUGGAAAAUGUCCUCAACUUGAACAUGACUGGUUCAUCUAAGACAGUCGAAAAAUGGAAAAAGGUGUGGAGUGACUUUAAGAAUAAUACCAAACGCAAGGCAGCCAAAAUCAGGCGAGCUGCCAGUGGUACUGAUGGUGGACCUGCAUGUAAGCUGGUCCUGACAGACUUGGAGCAACGGGUACUAAAAUUGAUGGGAACCCAGGCUGCUACAGGGCUGCCGAAUAUUGCUGAAGUUGGUUUAGAGCCAUUUUUAGCAGCAGACCAGCAGCAUGAUGCAAGACCAUUAGCUCCACCACCACUACCACAACCACAGCCCUCCACAUCCCGGCAAGUUGAGGACAACAGAAGCAGCCCAUUCACUGUAGAGGAUGUGGUAGGCAGUGCAACCUCACCCACUCCUCAUCAUGCAAGCCAUGUGGGGAGUUCUAGUCGCCGCGGCGCCAGAUCAAGAACUCGACUCGCUAGUCGCCAGCGGCGUAGAUUGCCGCCCUGCCGCACUCGUCUGGCUGAUGCUGCAGCAAACUUCUUGGCCAGCAAAGAACGCUGGCAGAAUUUUGCAGCAGAGUUUGCUGUUGAGCAUAUAUGUUUGCGAGAAAGAGAACUCAAUCAACAAGCUCAGUGGCAAACUCUGUUUGCAAAAUUUAUCAGGGUUAUAGCAAAAUUUUAUAAAUAGUAAAUAAAAUUAUUAGUGUUUUACUUACCAAAUAAUUUAUUAAAAAUAUGCUCUUUGUCUGCCGGCAAAUCGCGAAUUAGUU